AUGGCAGAAGCCUGCCGCAAGUGGGUUGACAGCCUAAACCCCGAGCAGAAGGCCAAAGCCACGUACCAUUACCUGGAUGGUGAGCGGCAGUUUUGGUACUACCCACCCUUGAACCGGCACGGCCUGCCGCUAAGGGACAUGACGCCGGAGCAGCGGGAUCUGGCCUAUGGAAUCAUGGAAAGUUCCCUGGACGCCCAGGCUUACGAGCAGGCCAAGGCCAUCAUUGACCACGAACUUAUCCUGGGCCCUCUGGAGAAAGAACGGGGCAUUGAGAGCUUUGUCCGUGACCCGAUGCUCUACUAUUGGACGGUCUUCGGUGAACCAGGUGGCGAGGAACCCUGGGGCUGGCGGGCCGAGGGACACCACGUUUCCCUGCACUUCAGCGUAUGGGGCGAGGAAGUAACCGCCGUUACACCCUUCUUCUUUGGCGCCAAUCCUGCUGAAGUGCCCCACGGCCCCGAGCAGGGCAAGCGCAUUCUUGGCGACCGCGAAGAUCUGGCCAUAGAGUUGAUGGCAACUAUGACCGAUGAGCAGCGAGCCAAGGCCAUAAUCCAUGAGAACGCCCCUUGGGACAUCCUGACCUACAACACAACCAAGGCCCCCGUACACCAGGGCGAGGGAUUGUCCGCAACCGAAAUGACCGGCGAGCAAAAGGAAAUCCUGCUGGCCCUGAUCACCGAGUACGUCAACCAGGUCAGGACCGACGUUGCCCAUGAGAGGCUGGAAGCGAUCAAAGAGAAUGGACUGGACCACUUCCGCCUGGUCUGGGCCGGCGCCACCGACCGCAGCCGUGACCAUUACUACCGGAUUCACGGCGGCAACUUCCUCAUUGAGUUCGACAACAUCCAGGACGGGGCCAACCACAUCCACUCAGUUUGGCGUGACGUGGAGAACGACUUCGCCAACGACGUGCUGCGCGAUCACCGCUUGAUGUUCCACGUUCUGUAG